ACGUGCGCACCCUGACCAUCCUGCUGUUUUCAUACUGGCUUUAUAACACGCCAGCGCGUCUCCUUCACAUCAACAUAAGGCACCGGGCUCGUCCUGCACCGAUACUACUUCUCAGUUAUCCAGAAUCUACCUGACCUAGUCGCGAAGAUCCAUUAUCCCUGAUGAGAUUCAAGAAAACUGUGACCCAAAUGGAGCGACAAACUGUGGAUGACUUUUCCUCAGAAUCUUGCUUUGCAAAAGAAAUACUGCAGGUGCUCAGCACAUACCGGAAGAGUGGCAUCUUCACAGAUGUGGUGCUGCAGGUGGAGGACCAGGAGUUCCCUUGCCACCGCGCUCUGCUCUGUGCCAGUAGCAUCUAUUUCCGCUCUAUGUUCCAGGGCCAGCUCCGCGAGAGCCUCCAGUCUCUGGUCAAACUGCAGGGCAUCUCCCCAGUUGCCAUGCAAAACCUGCUCGACUUCAUGUAUGAGGGCAAGGUUGAUGUGGACGAGGAGAAUGUUGAAAUUGUGUUCAGGGCUGCUGACCUGCUUGGUGUGAAUGUGCUUAGUAAGGCCUGCAUCCAGUUCCUGGAGCAGCGAGUCGACCACUCCAACUGCCUGGGCAUCAUGGACUUUGCCAGCUCCUUCUUCAUCCAGCCACUGGCAGAGCAGUGCCAGAAGAUUCUCUAUCAGGACUUCGUGGAGGUGUAUAAGCAUGAAGAGUUCCUCAGCCUGACCAAGGGGCGCCUGAUGGAGCUGUUGUCCUGUGAGCAGUUGAAGGUUCACCGUGAGGAAGUCUUGGUAGAAGCCAUACUCAAAUGGGUUCACCAUGACCCAAGUGAAAGGAAAGAAGCACUGAAGGACCUGCUGGAGUGUGUCCACCUACCCUUGGUUGACCCUGUCUUCCUCGUUAAAACACUGGAAAGUGAUAAGAUCCUCCAAGAUUGCAAAGAGUGUCUCCCUCUGCUUCUGGAAGCCAUGAGAUAUCAUAUCUUUGGAAAAGAAGUUAAUUCUUCCAGGACAGUGCCAAGAAGGUCCACCGUGAGAAUGGAAGUGAUCGUCGUGAUUGGCGGUUGUGACAGAAAUGGCCUCUCUAGGCUGUCCUGCACACAGAAGUUCAACAUUCACACAAAAGAGUGGCUUCCGGCAACUUCCAUUCCCGGAUACUCCAAGUCCGAGUUUGCAGCCUGCGAGCUUCAAAAUGACAUCUACGUUUCAGGAGGCCAGCUGAACAGCAUUGAUACGUGGCGGUACCUGCCUCAGCUCGACCAAUGGGUGCGCGUUGCCUCCUUGGCCAAUGGCAGGUGGCGACAUAAGAUGACAGCUCUCCAAGGAAAGCUGUAUGCAGUAGGUGGUUUCAACGGGCACCAGAGGUUGUCCAGCGUGGAGUGUUACAGCGCCUACGAUAACCAGUGGCAGGAGAUGGCUCCUCUGCUGCUGCCCGUGAGCUCUUCUGCUCUGGUAGCCUGUUCCGGGAAGCUCUAUGUCAUCGGAGGUGCCCUCAGUGAAAACUGCAACACGGAUAAGGUGCAGUGUUAUGACCCUGUUAAUGACCAGUGGAGUUAUAUGGCACCCAGCCCCUUUACUCAAAGGUGUAUAAGUGCCACAACCUUCAAUGACAUCAUCUAUGUGGUUGGUGGCCUCCUGGAUGACAUAUACAAGUACACCCCAAGUCUGGAUACUUGGAGUAAGGUGGCCAGCUUGCCCAUGAAACUGGAAAGCUGUGGUUUGACGGUGGCCGACGGAAAGAUAUACAUCCUUGGAGGGAGAGACGAGAGCGGCUAUGGCAUCGACAAGAUCUGGACCUUCAAUCCCGAGAGCAGACAGUUGACCGAAGAGUUGCCCAUGUCACGGUGCGUGAGCUACCAUGGCUGCGUCACUGUCACACAACACUUCCCCAUGAAGCCCCAUGUCUGAGCAGUCUUCUCGAGCACCACGUGCACUUCUGGAUGGAACUGUAGCCUUCAGUUUAAAGGUCACUUCCUGAAGUACUGGCACAGCUGUUUGAGGAUCCUCAGAGCUGAACUAUCUAGAAAUCGAGAUUGAAGCUAUGUCCUUUAAUCGUUCCUGAUUCCAUUCUCGAUUGCUGUUUUUGUUGCAUUUGGUCAAACUGGAAGAAUGACCUAUUUUAGUUUGCGACAUGGAAUGCUUUCACAUUCACAACUCAGACAAGUUUCCUUAGUACUUACAAAUAAGAGCAUUUUAAGUAUUUACAGGAUUUCUCAUUUGUGAGGGGCUAUUUAGGGGCGAUGAAGUGAAUUUAUGAGUUCUACUACUACCAUUAUUUAUGCAAAAAAAUAUUAAAUGUGUUAUUAUUUAUUAAAUUGUUAUAUAUUAACAUGAGGCAAUGGCCUUACUUGUAUGGAAAUUUUCUUAAGCACUAUUUCAUUUUACCGUUGCAUUUUUUUGUAAUUGCAUCCUGAAACUAACGCUAAUACAUUUGUUCUUUGUUUCACUUCAUACAUCAAGACUCAAUCAAAUAUUUUCCUCAGGAAUGAAACAAUUCUGGUUACCCUGUCCGAUUAGGCGCAUAGUUCAACAAUAUGUUAAUUUUCAGUUUAAACCACAACCACAUUCCAAAACAUCCCAAAUUCCAGACUGAUUCUUUGGAAAAGACAAGAGCCUAGAUAACAGAAAGGGGUUCGGGGGGGAAUGCUAUGUGUUUACCGCAACAUAAUCUGAUUCUGAAGAACUGCACUAAUUAGUGACCCUCGUUUACUGUCAGCAGCAAGUAUCUGCCUGGAAGAACAGGUUUAAAAUGUGAUCUGUAUGUCUUUGAAGGACAUGUACAUACACCAGCAAAGUAUAUCUACCUCCUAAGUUCGGUCGUUUAAUUGAUCUUUACAUGAGGACUUGCUGUUAAAUUAACCCUUUCUUGGAAUGAAUGACUGAUACUCUAUCACGUCUGGUAUACCAUAAAAUCUGACAUAACAGUCUGCCGCUUUGCCAGCGCAAUGUAGUUUUUGUGUCAGUCAGCCGAUUGCUGUUUUAGGUAAUAUUUUACACUUUUUAAUGUUUUCUUGUGAUGCAUCAUUGUCGCAUAAUGUUUCAAUGUCUCCUAAUGAUAGUUUGUAUUUGCUUUGUGACAUUUUAUGUUUUUAUCAUGAGCUUCAGAUGAACUCAUUUUUACAAAAUGUGUGCACAUUUAAUUUUUAUUAUAUAGCAAAAAAGCAGAAAAUCCCUGUAAUGUGAAAGACAUUAUUAUAUAAAUCAUUCAGUAUUCAACAAGCCGAUUAUUCAUUUACUUUUGUAGUAAUGACUGCGUCAUACUUUGGUAAAU